GUAUAUGUUAAUAUGGGUGUUAAAGAAGUUUGGAUUGUACGUCACGGUUAUCGUGAAGACUGGGUAAAUGACAAUCCUCCACUUCCUACUAAACUUCGUAAUGACCCACCUCUUUCCAAAUUGGGAAGAAAGCAAUCUCAAGAAGUUACAGCAUUCCUCAAGUCCCAAAACAUAGAUAGAAUUUACUCAUCCCCUUUCUAUCGAGUACUUGAAACGGUUUAUCCUUUAGUAGAACAGACAAAUGUGCCACUUUAUAUAGACUAUAGUAUGGCUGAAUGGUAUGGAUCUGCUCAUGGACGAUAUCUUCCUUGUGCUCCAUUAACAGAACUCAAACAACUUUUCCCGAAAUUAAACAUUAUAGAUCAUCAAUCAAGCAUUCCUUUACCUUCUGGUAUCGAAAGUGUCCAUGAAUGUCAUAUUCGAGUCAAGAAGGGCUUAGAUAAGUUAAUAGCUCAAUUAGAUAGUGAGCCUAAUCCACCCCAUACUAUUUUAUUAUCAGGACAUGCAGCAUCUGCUAUUUGUGCAGUACGAGCCCUUUUGAAUGAUGCUAAUUAUCCAACUCGUUGUGGCACUUGCUCUUUAUCUCAUCUUGUACGUCAAGAAGACGGUACCUGGCAAAUAAAAGAAAAUGGUGAUUAUAGUCAUCUAAGUGAUGGAGAACAACGAUCUUGGAUGUUCUCAGGUGAUGUACCUGAUUAUGAAACUAAAAAAUAAAGCUCUUUUUUUUUCUUUUCUUUUUUAUUCAUUAUUCACUUUUUCACCUAAAGAACGUUUAACUUCUUUUCUUAAUUCAUAUAAUUGACCUAAUUGCUCGUCACUCAUUUUAUCCAGUAAUUGUUGAUCCAACUUUUUACCCCAGCCACUAUCUUUAGGUGUAUCAAAACUUUUAACAAGAGGAUCAUGAGAAGGUGCAGAAGAGUCUUUAGAAAGUGAAGCAGUUUGUUGCUUAAUCAUGUCUAAAUAACUAAUUGAUAUGUAAAUUAUCAGCUUUUUUUUUCUUUUUGAUAAUGAUAUUAAUUAGCUUACGUUUGCCAUUGAGACACAAAGCC